GGAAGAGGCAUGUCCAAGGGCCCGGUGGCGAGCGGCCCCGCCGCGGCCGGGCCGGCGAGCGCCGCCAGCGCGCUGCAGGCGCAGCCCGAGAAGCCGCAGCACUACACUUACCUGAAGGAGUUCCGCACGGAGCAGUGCCCGCUGUUCGUGCAGCACAAGUGCACCCAGCACCGGCCCUACACCUGCUUCCACUGGCACUUUGUCAACCAGCGCCGGCGCAGAUCCAUCCGCCGCCGGGACGGGACCUUUAACUACAGCCCUGACAUCUACUGUACCAAGUAUGACGAGACCACAGGAAUCUGCCCAGAAGGAGAUGAAUGUCCCUUCUUGCACAGAACUACUGGAGACACAGAGAGGAGGUAUCACUUGCGCUACUACAAAACUGGAAUCUGCAUUCAUGAGACAGACUCCAAGGGGAACUGCACGAAGAACGGAGUCCACUGUGCGUUUGCUCAUGGGCCCCAUGACCUACGCUCCCCGGUGUAUGACAUCAGGGAGCUUCAGGCAAUGGAGGCUUUGCAGAAUGGUCAACCUACGUCAGAAGGUGCCAUAGAGGGUCAGUCCGCAGUUGCUGCCAGCCAUGCUAUGAUAGAGAAAAUACUCAGUGAGGAGCCGAGGUGGCAAGACACAACGUAUGUGUUGGGAAAUUACAAGACAGAGCAGUGUAAGAAACCCCCCCGGCUCUGUCGCCAGGGUUAUGCCUGUCCCUACUACCACAAUAGCAAAGACCGAAGAAGAAGCCCAAGGAAACACAAAUACAGAUCUUCGCCAUGUCCCAGUGUGAAACACGGAGACGAGUGGGGAGAUCCCAGUAAGUGUGAAAAUGGAGACUCAUGCCAAUACUGCCACACUCGCACAGAGCAGCAGUUCCAUCCAGAGAUCUACAAAUCCACCAAAUGCAAUGAUAUGCAGCAGUCUGGCAGCUGUCCCAGAGGACCCUUCUGUGCCUUUGCACAUGUAGAACAGCCUGCACUCAGUGAAGACCUGCAGCAGUCCUCGGCUGUGUCUAGCCCCACACAGACAGGCCCUGUGAUGUACAUGCCAUCAGCAGCUGGUGAUUCUGUUCCAGUCAGCCCCUCCAGUCCACAUGCCCCAGACCUUAGCAAUAUUCUUUGUAGGAACAGCAGUCUCGGAAGCCCAUCUAAUAUAUGUGGGUCUCCUCCUGGUGCCAUUGGAAAGCCACACAGCUUGGAGACCAUUGGUUUUCCUCCAGACUCAGUAACAGCAACCGGCAGCUACAAGAAAGCACCGGGGUUUGAGCGAGAAGAUCAGGUGGGGGCCGAGUAUUUGAAGAGUUUCAAAUGCCAGCAAGCAAAAAUGAAGUCCCACUCACUGGAACACAGGAGCCAGGAGCAACCUUUGUUACAGCCCAAACAGGACAUACUGGGUAUUCUCCCAGUGGGGAGCCCACUGACAUCCAGCAUCUCCUCUAGUAUCACCUCCAGUCUGGCUGCAACGCCACCAAGCCCUGCCGGCACCAGCAGCAUACCAGGCAUGAAUGCCAAUGCCCUUCCUUUCUACCCAACCAGUGACACCGUUGAGUCUGUCAUAGAGUCUGCCUUGGAUGACCUGGACCUGAAUGAAUUCGGAGUGGCUGCCCUGGAGAAGACAUUUGACAGCAGCACAGUGCCCCACACGAGUGGCAUCAUGAUAGGUGGGAGUUUGCUGCAAAGUUCUGCUCCUGUAAAUAUCCCCGGCUCCCUUGGAAGCUCUGCCUCCUUUCACUCUGCCUCUCCUUCUCCACCGGUCAGCCUCUCAUCGCAUUUCCUUCAUCAGCCCCAGGGACACUUAAGCCAAUCAGAAAACACAUUCCUGGGGACAUCAGCUUCUCAUGGAUCAUUAGGUUUAAAUGGGAUGAACAGCAGCAUAUGGGAACACUUUGCUUCGGGGAGUUUUUCGCCCAGUACCUCACCUGCAUUUCUGUCAGGUCCAGGUGCUGCGGAGCUGGCACGGCUACGACAAGAGCUGGAUGAGGCCAACAGCACAAUAAAGCAGUGGGAAGAGUCUUGGAAGCAAGCCAAACAGGCUUGUGAUGCUUGGAAAAAGGAGGCAGAGGAAGCAAAUGAUCGCGCCAACACGGCUAACAUGGAAUGUGAACUGGCCCGGGAGCAGAGGGAAGCCUUGGAGCUGCAAGUGAAAAAACUGCAGGAGGAGCUGGAGAGAAUCCACACAGGCCAGGACCCUCAGUUUCUGCGCUCGUUCUCUGAGCUGGAAACGCUCUCACUCUCUUCACUUUACACCCUCCAGAAGCAGCUGCGGGCAAACCUGGAGAAAGUCGAUAAGGCAGUAUUUCAGAUGCAGUCAGUGAAAUGCCUUAAGUGUCAGGAGGAGAACCGGGUGGUGUUACCGUGCCAACACGCAGUGCUGUGUGAAAGCUGCGCCGAGGAGGGCGAGUGCCCCAUCUGCCAUCCCAACAGGCCCCCCCACUCUCUCCAGUCGUGACCUUCCAAGGACACUUCUUCUAAUCAUAUCCUAUAGAACUUUUUAACUUUAUACAGACCUACAUCUAUAUGUAUCUGUACAUACAUAUAUGUAUGUGUCUCUAGAGAUGUAUAUAC